GUUGAGGCAGCUGCCAGAAGCCUGAGCUGGAGGGCUCUCUUCCCUGCAUUGCCUCGGUGCCGGGUAAGGACCAUGUUCCUGUUUCCAUUACUCCCUGUCUUUCUCCUGAGUGUGGUGACAGUGGCCUCAGAAACAAAAACAUGUGAGGAUGCCCAGAAGACCUGCUCCGUGAUUACCUGUGGGAUCCCUGUCACCAACGGCACUCCAGGCAGAGAUGGGCGAGAUGGACUCAAGGGAGAAAAGGGAGAGCCAGGUCAAGGGCUCAGAGGUUUGCAGGGCCCUCCAGGGAAACUGGGGCCUCCAGGAAAUACAGGGGAGCCUGGGGCUCCAGGACCAAGAGGCCAAAAAGGAGAUCGUGGAGAUAGUUCGGCUGCUGAGACUAAACUGGCUAACUUAGAGAGAGAGAUAAGGAACCUGAAAUCAGAAUUGGACCACAUCAAAAAGUUGCAAGCCUUCUCUUUGGGCAAAAAGUCUGGAAAGAAGUUCUACGUGACCAAUGGUGAAAAUAUGCCUUUUUCCAAAGCGAAGGCUUGGUGCACAGAACUCCAGGCCACUGUGGCUGCCCCCAAGAAUGCUGAGGAGAACAAGAACAUCCAACAGGUGGCCAGAGACAAUGCCUUCCUGGGUAUCACAGAUGAGGUUACAGAAGGCCAGUUUAUGUAUGUGACAGGAGGGAGGCUAACCUACAGCAACUGGAAGGCGAAAGAGCCUAAUAACCAUGGCUCAGGGGAGGACUGUGUGGUUCUCUUGAAGGAUGGACUCUGGAAUGAUGUUUCCUGCUCAUCCUCCUACCUGGUUGUCUGUGAGUUCCCAGCCUAAAGCACCUCAUUUCUCUGGCCCUUCCUUGUCUCCCUGCUGAGCUCUAUGCUGCUUCAAAAGAGAAUUCAGUGCUGGUUUCCCAUGGUUAGAGUUAAGUCAUUCCUGUUUGGAGAAGGAACUAGAGUGAAGGAGGCAUAUUUAAUCGUGGGAUGGGGAAAUGGCAGAAGCUAACUAUGGGGCACAAGGAUCUGGUCCAGCCCAGGGACAUUGUCUUAUCAGAACAGUACUGAAGUAGAUUCAGCCAUUGAAAGGGCCAAAUAAACUCUCUUCUUUUACA